CUCCGAGUGAGUGAUCGGUUUUCAGCCCAGUUUCUUUUUAGAGUCCUUUUUCUCUCUCUCUCUCUAUCUUGCUAAAACAAUAAUGUCACAAACGGAAAACACCUUUAAAAACUCUCUUCGGAAUUUUCAGUCGUCAAGAAGCAAUCCUAUAGCCUUACCUACAACUCCCUCACCUUUACAAUCGUUCCGUGACUCCGCAUCUAAUGCAUUUUCGAAUGUAUCCAAUUCCGUACAAGGUUACAUUCCUCUUGGCGGAAACACGGAGGAAGAGGAAGAUCCCUGGUAUCAAUUAUCUCGAGUAGAGCGAGUUAUGGCUUUUGCCCUUUGUCUUGUUCUUGGCAUUGGUUGUUUUGCCUUGUCAUUCUUCUUUUUACCCUUAUACCCUGGAAAGUUUGCGGCUACAUUCACACUGGGGAGUAUUUUAGUUUUAGUGAGCGUUGCUUUACUGCGUGGACCUUUAUCACACAUGCAACACAUGCUGACAAAAGAGAGAAUUCCAUUUACGGUAUCUUAUUUGGGCUCAAUGGCCCUGACUUUAUAUGCUGCUCUUGGUCUUCGAAAAACGUUAUUGACAAUUAUUUUUGCCAUUAUUCAAAUCAUUGCUUUGCUUUGGUACGUUGGAUCCUAUAUCCCAGGUGGUAUAUCCACAUUAAGAUAUGGUACAUCUUAUAUCGGAGGAAGAGUUGUCUCUAUUUUACCCAUUUAACAUUGUACAUACAUAUACACUUAAUACAAUAAUUUCUCAAAAAAAAAA